AUGCCCCAGCAGCAGCUACUGCGCAAAGGCUCGGAGAUAGAGGAGCUGCAGCAGCAGUGCAAGGAGUCUCUGCGAGCUUCUCUUCGAAUCGUGGAUGAGACGAACCAGACUUCCCAGGCGACUGCGGAGCAACUCGCGGCGCAAUCUGAGCAACUGACUCGCAUCGCCGAAACUACAGAAGAAAUCAGUGGCAACCUAGAGGCUUCAGCCUAUCUCCUGAAGGGACUUAAAAGCUGGUGGGGGGGGUUUGCGCAGAUAUUCUCAGCUCCCAGGGCGUCCUUUAACUCCGCAAGCCGCCAACAGCAGCAGCAGCAACAGCAGCAACAGCAGCAACAGCAGCAACAGCAACAGCAGCAACAGCAACGCACACCUCUGCACGGUUAUAUAUGCGACAAAAGCGCACUCUCUGCUGCCACUGCCGCCUUAUGGGUGCCCUCCCGUGGUGCUGUCAUGACAAGGCCAGAGGAGGCAAGCAGGACGCGCGCAGCUGCGUUUUGCAAUACCAGAGCAGCUUCGGAAGAAUCAAGGGGGAAGCAGGCGGAGGCGGGAGGCCUUGCCGGCAGAGCUG